GAAAGAGUGAUAACACUGUUGAUUUUGUUACUACAAUUUCAUUUAACAACUAAUCGUAGCAGAAUAUCUCGACUUUAACUUUCAUUACUUGCAAAUUUAAAAUCAAAUUCAAUUAGAACACAUUUACAAUUAGAUUCAAUUGUAUUAAAAUGUUUGUGAAAGAUAAAGUGGCGUUUGUAACAGGGGGUGCAAAUGGAAUUGGAUUAUGUUAUGUAAAAGAGUUAUUAAAAAACUCUGCAAAGGGUGUCACAAUCGCUGAUUUAGAUCCAAAACGUGGAGAGAAAGUUGUUGAGGAAUUAUCUAAAGAAUAUGGAGAUAAUAAGGUUAUUUUUGUUCAAGUCGAUGUUACUAACAAAAAUGAACUCGAAAAUGGAAUGAAGAAAACUGUGGAAACUUUUAAAAGUUUUGAUAUACUGAUAAAUAAUGCUGGAAUAAUGAAUGAUGCGAUUUGGGAAAAAGAAAUUGAUAUUAACAUUAAAGGUACGAUACAUGGUUGUUUAUUAGCAAUGGAUGAAUACAUUCCAAAAUAUAAAUCAUCAUCAGAGGGAGUAAUUGUUAAUAUCUCAUCAAUUUUCGGUAUAGAACCAUUCGGAGGAUUACCAAUUUAUACCGCUACUAAACACGCAAUAAUAGGAUUGAGUAGAUCUUUAUCACAAUUAAAUAACGAAAACAUUAAAAUACUUACGAUUUGUCCUGGACCAACCGCAACAGCUUUAUUACAAGAUUUAUUUGAUAAAACACCAAAUAAUUCAGUUGAAAAGUAUUCAGAUGCUAUGAAAGGUUAUAUGGCUGUAAUGAAAGGAAUGCAAGAAGCGCCAUUUGUAGCUGAAAAUGUUGUUAAAUUAAUUGGUGAUGCAAAAAAUGGAACAAUUUGGAAUUUAGAAAAUAACGAAAAGUAUGAGGUUAUUAUUCCGGAUAAGGACGGCCUUUUGAAAAAAUGCUAAAAACAAAAUCAAUGAUAUGUAAUAAAAAUCUUUUUGUCUAAACA